AGCUCAACUUCCACAAAGGAUGCAACGGAUGCGAAUUUGGAAGCCCAAUUAAGACAGUCAGAUGAAGAAAAGGAAGCUCUUCAACAGUCUGUCAUCGAACUGAAGGGUACUGUUUCUGAACAAGCUGAAGAGAUGGCCAAUAUGAAGGCUGAAAUGAAGAAAUUGCAAGAGAUGUUCGCAAGUAGUCAAAAUAGACAACAUUAGAACUGCAACACAAGUUGGUGGCUGAAACCAAGGUGAAGCAUAACAAGAGUAGUUCGACCUUGCACGUUGUGGAGUGCAAUGGUAAUUUUGUUUAUAAGAAAGAUAGAAACUACUCUAGCUUAUUUUGUUGAAGCAUUUGAUAUUUUGUGAUAUCAUCAAUUAGAUAGGUACAAUGUGUGAUGAUAUAGGUACAAUGUGACUAAAAUGCUUC